AUGCCGCUUAGAGAAAUCAUAUCAUGGACAACCAUGAUCAAUGCAUUCUCUCAAAAGGGAGACAUUGACAUGGCACGCCAAUGUUUUGAUAUUAUGCCUGAGCGAAACGUCAUAACUUGGAAUUCCAUGUUAAGCACAUAUGUCCAACAUGGGUUUACAGAAGAAGGGAUAAAAUUAUAUGUUUUGAUGAUGAAAAGCAAAGAAGUUAAACCGGAUUGGGUCACUUUUGCAACCUCUAUCCGGGCAUGUGCUGACUUGGCAAUUGUAAAACUUGGGACACAAGUCAUAUCUCAUGCCAUGAAGUUUGGGCUCAGUUCGGAUGUUUCUGUUGCAAAUAAUAUUGUCACUAUGUAUUCAAGAUGUAGGCAAGUCAAAGAAGCACAAUAUGUUUUUGACUCAAUAUAUGUGAAAAGCCUGAUAUCCUGGAAUGCCAUGAUGGCAACAUUUGCACAAAAUGGUUUAGACAACAAAGUAAUUGAAACAUUUGAGGAUAUGUUGAGGACAGGGUGCAAACCUGACCAUAUAAGCUACGUUGCUGUUUUAUCUGGGUGCAGCCACAUAGUGCUUGUAGCUGAAGGGAAACAUUAUUACGAGUCCAUGACUCAAGUGUUUGCCAUUUCUCCAACAAAUGAGCACUUUGCUUGUAUGGUAGAUCUGCUUGGUCGAGCAGGGUUACUAGACCAGGCCAAGAAUUUAAUAGAUGGAAUGCCUUUUUAUCCAAAUGCCACAGUUUGGAGUGCUCUACUAGGAGCAUGCCGAAUCCAUCAUGAUUCAAGACUAGCUGAAACAGCCAUGAAGAAGUUGAUGGAAUUAAAUGUUGAAGAUUCUGGAGGUUAUGUUCUUCUAGCAAAUAUGUACGCCGAGUCAGGGGAGUUAGAAAAUGUUGCUGAUAUGAGAAAGUUGAUGAAAGUUAAAGGAAUUCGAAAGAGUCCAGGUUGUAGCUGGAUUGAGGUUGAUAAUAGGGUACAUGUGUUCACUGCAGAUUAUACCAGUCAUCCACAGAUAAAGGAGGUUUAUAUAAAACUGGAGGAGAUGAUGAAGAAAGUAGAAGAUACUGGAAGAUAUGUUAGUGUUGUCUCUUUUGCUCAUAGGAGUGUUAGUGUGACACGUGGCACUAAAAGUGUCAUGUGUUAG